AUGACCCAAAUCGUACUGCAGACGAGCCGGAGGGGGGGGGGUGGAGUUUGCCCUCUGAACACGCGCACUAACCUCACACAGGAGAUGGGUGGCUACCGCGUUUUGGACCACCUCUGGGGUGGCUGGUGGAGGGGUCCUGGGGUCUGCGCAGCUCGUAAGGUCGGAGGCUUUGGCACAGAGGCCCGGCAUCAGUUGCAUCCUCAAGGCUCCAGCAAACGGUCGAGGUCCCUGAGAAACCAGCCCUUCCCAGAGGUGCAGCCAGAGAACCUCACGGAGGAGCUCAUUGAUGUGCUGAGGGCAUCUGUGGUGGACCAGAAAGGACCACUAGUGACACUGAACAAGCCACAGGGUCUUCCAGUGACAGGAAAACCAGGAGAGUUGACAUUGUUCUCCGUGCUGCCAGAGCUGAGCCAAUCCCUGGGGCUUGGGGAGCAGGAGCUCCAGGUUGUCCAAGCAUCUGGGAAGGAGACCUCUGGGCUUGUACUCCUCUCUAGUUGUCCUCAGACAGCAAGCCGCCUCCAGAAGUUCUUUGCCCAUUCACGAAGAGCCCAGAGACCUACAGCCACCUACUGGGCUGUCACUGAUGGGAUCCCAGCUACUUCUGAGGGGAAGGUGCAAGCAGCUCUAAAACUGGAUCAUGUUGAUGGCGUUGAUCUCGUAGUUCCAGUGAACUCUCCAUCCCGAAAGGACGUCCUGGAAGGUGUCAAGAGGACCCUAAGCCACUUCCGUGUGGUGGCCACAGGUUCUGGCUGUGCCUUGGUCCAGCUGCAACCAUUAACAGUGUUCCCCAGUCAGCUACAGGUACACAUGGUGCUGCAGCUCUGCCCUGUGCUUGGGGACCACAGGUAUUCUGCCCGCGUGGGCGCUGUCCUGGGCCAGCGCUUUCUACUGCCAGCUGAGAGCACCAAACCCCAAAGACAGGUCCUGGAUGAAGCCCUCCUCAGACGCCUCUGCCUGACGCCCUCCCAGGCGGCCCAGCUGCCCUUACACCUCCACCUACAUCGUCUCCACCUCCCAGGCCCCAGGCCCAGGGACGCCCUCAUAGAGCUUUUGGCACCCUUGCCCCCUUAUUUCUCCAGGACUCUGCAGUGCCUGGGGCUCCACCAGUGAUAGUCCUCCUCCUGUUCUUACUGGAAAGUGGUGGGUGUGAGGAGCCCGCAGUUGCGAGGAGAAAGAGUUCAGUGCUCGCCGUGUAGUGAGGUCAUGGUUUAAGACCCUGGGCUGUGUAGUCAGACUAACCCAAGGUCAAAUCCUGGCUAGGCCACUUGCUGUGUGGUGUUGGGCAAAUAACCUCACCUCUCUGGACUUGAGAAAAUAAAUGUACCUAACUCACCAAAUGUAUGUAACUAUGGUUUUGAAGAUUUGCUGAGAAAGUAAAUGUUUAUCACGGACAAU